UGACGAAUAUAAGCUGCUGCAAAAUUUGGUGGAUUCAUCAGUGAUGAUAAGAAAAUAGAGGCCAUGGGAAAUCUUCUAAUCCUUUUCACAGCUUUUUUGUGCAUCUGCCUCUUCGUAGCUUUGCACUAUGUUUUGUACGAGUAUUUGUGGGUACCUCAUCGUGUACAGUUCAUCAUGAAUUCACAGGGGAUCAGAGGACCUCCUUAUGAAUUUAUCCAUGGAAACAACAAAGAAGCUCUUCAAAUGCGGAAGGAAGCAUCUAGCAAACCUAUGGCCUUGACACACGAUAUAUUUCCCAGAGUAAUGCCUCAUGAUUACUCCUGCAUCAAGAAAUACGGGAAGAAUUAUCUUAGUUGGAAUGGAGUUCGAGCUCAACUGGUAAUAACAGACCCAGAACUGGUGAAAGAGGUGCUGAAAACCAGUGAAAAAGCUUUUUCAAAGCCAAAGCCUUCAUAUUUCUUUAAGAAGCUACUAGGUGACAGCAUUUCUACAAUCAAAAGUGAGAAAUGGGGCGCAAGGCAUAGGAAAUUGGCCAAUCAUGCCUUCCAUGGAGAGAGCUUAAAAAAUAUGAUUCCAGCAAUGAUUGCUAGCGUUGGAACGAUGCUUGAGAAAUGGAAAGAUAAGGAAGGCAAAGAGAUGGAAGUGUUCCAAGAGUUCAGAUUCUUGACUUCAGAAAUGAUAUCCAGAACAGCCUUUGGUAGCAGUUACUUGGAAGGAGAGAAGAUUUUUGACAUGUUGAUGAAGUUGACCCUAAUUAUAGGCAGAAAUUUUUAUAAAGCAAAAUUUCCUAUCAUCGGCUACCUUCAUCUAAUCCUCCACUAAUAUAAAAUGUUUUUCCAAAAAAAAAAAGUUUAAGUGUAGGAAGUAUUUUGGGCUAUACCCAUAAAAGUUCAAAUGAUUCUGCUUCUAAUAUUAUUAGUAAAAACCUUAUCAAAAACUGGUAGCUUGUUGGUACAAUCAUUGAUCUUGGUUUUAAAAUAUUGGUGUUUUUCCACCACAAUGGAGUCAAUGGAUUGAAUUUAAUCUGCUUUGCCUUUUCAGCAAGUUUUGGAAAUCUGCUGAUGAAAUUGAAUCAGAUAAACUUGAGAAAACGAUACAUGAUUCUGUGAUGAAGAUUAUUAAACAAAGGGAAGAGAAAGUAAUGACCGGAGAAGUCGACAGCUGCGGCCAUGAUUUUCUAGGAUUACUUGUAAAUGUCUAUCAUGAUUCGGAUGAGAAAAACAGGUUUUUGAUACAAGAUAUAGUAGAUGAGUGUAAAACUUUC